GCAAAACAAGAGUGGGUGGCGAGUCCAAACAAGUGGCACAUUAACCAAGGCUGCUGCUAACAGGAUUGGCUGACCAGACCUUUCUCCCACUCAUCUUCCUUCCUUCAUUCUCAUUCUCUGAUUCUUCUCUCUGUCCCUUCCCUUCUACUGGUCGCUCCACCAAUACUCGGAUCUGGGUCGCUCCGAAUUCCCCCAAACAUUAACACAACGGAACUCUUUACCAAGUUCCAACAACAGAACCAAAUCAUCAUCAUCAUCAACAACAACAACAACAACAGCACAGAUCUGAUCCUUUUUCUUUCUGGGAUCGUCGUAAUUCUCCCGACAAAAUGAUUGCGAUUCCGUACUUGACCGCCUUAACCACCUACUUCAGCUACGGCCUUCUCUUCGCCUUCGGUCAACUCAGAGAUUUCUUCCGCAAAUUCAUCGAUUGGUGGAGCUCCAACAAUCUCCAGGGCUAUGCUCCCAUUUGUUUGGGACUCGAAGAUUUCUAUAUUCGCCGCCUCUAUCUCCGUAUUCAGGACUGUUUCGGACGACCAAUAUCUAGCGCUCCUGAUGCUUGGUUUGAUGUGGUUGAACGUUUCUCCAAUGACAAUAACAAGACGUUGACGCGAACCACAAAAAUAAGCAGAUGCCUUAACUUGGGAUCUUACAAUUACCUUGGGUUUGCCGCAUCAGAUGAAUACUGCACACCACGCGCAAUCGAGUCGUUGAAAAGAUAUUCUCCAAGUACCUGUAGUAGCCGAGUGGACGGUGGCACAACGGCAUUACACAAUAAACUGGAGAAGUGUGUUGCGAAUUUUAUUGGAAAACCAGCUGCUAUAGUGUUUGGCAUGGGCUAUGUGACAAAUUCCGCUAUCCUUCCUGUCCUGAUGGGGAAGGGAGGCUUGAUUAUUAGUGAUUCCUUGAACCACAACUCUAUUGUUAAUGGCGCACGAGGAUCUGGAGCUACAAUUCGUGUGUUCCAACACAAUACGCCGGCUCACCUGGAGGAAGUUUUGAGAGAACAAAUUGCAGAGGGGCAACCUAGGACUCACAGGCCCUGGAAAAAGAUAAUGGUUAUUGUGGAGGGAAUAUAUAGCAUGGAAGGGGAGCUUUGUAAACUUCCUGAAAUUAUAGCAGUCUGUAAAAAAUAUAAGGCAUAUACAUAUUUGGAUGAGGCCCACAGCAUUGGAGCAGUAGGGAAGACUGGAAGAGGCGUUUGUGAGCUCUUGGGUGUAGAUACAGCUGAUGUAGAUAUCAUGAUGGGAACCUUCACAAAAUCGUUUGGAUCAUGUGGUGGCUACAUUGCAGGAUCCAAGGAGCUUAUUCAAUACUUGAAGUACACUUGUCCUGCUCAUCUUUAUGCAACUUCAAUAUCACCACCAGCUGCACAACAAAUAAUUUCGUCCAUUAAGGUCAUUCUUGGAGAGGAUGGUACAAAUAGAGGAGCCCAAAAACUGCUGCGGAUUCGGGAGAAUAGCAACUUCUUCAGGUCAGAACUGCAGAAAAUGGGUUUUGAGGUUCUGGGGGAUAAUGAUUCUCCAGUAAUGCCAAUUAUGCUUUACAACCCAGCUAAAAUCCCUGCCUUUUCGCGAGAGUGCCUCAAGCAGAAUGUUGCUGUUGUAACAGUAGCAUUUCCAGCGACCCCACUACUGUUGGCAAGGGCACGUAUAUGCAUUUCUGCUUCUCAUACCAAGGAAGACCUAGUCCAGGCCUUGGAGGUUAUUAGCAGGGUUGGUGAUCUGGUGGGUAUUAAGUACUUCCCUGCUGAGCCAAACAAGCAAGAGCAAGACGAAAGCUUGAAGAAGUUAGAUUAGAGAGGGAAAAAGACGAGCUAUUUGGCCUGAAAUUGAUAUGUCGGUGCAAAAAGAAAGGGAAAUGUUGGUUUAAACGGACUGAUCCAGUUCAACUUAAAUGUGUUGUAUUCUCUCUAUACUUCCUACGGGGGGGAAUAGCAUUUUUGUCGUUUCUUGUGUUAAUUUUCCUUUUGCUUCCUUUUUUUUUUUUUUCCUUCACUCUUUUUUGGUAUUUCAAUUUUGUACAUAUGUAUCCCUAUUUUUUAUGCUACUCUUAAAUGUGAUAAGCCUUUAGUCAA